AUGAGGUUACCCGUACUACACUCGGGCCUGCAGUCCAGCUCAUUACAAGCACAACAUGUCAGGCGCUUCGUCGAUGGUGCCGCGCAGGGCGUCCACGAUAUCACACGCACCCUCGUCGACCGCAGCUCCAGUUCGUCAGAUGACACCAGCUCGUCAUCAAGUUCAUGUACCGCCGGCGACACCAGCAGCAAAUGCAUUACUCCCGCAUCAGUAGAGAGCUCGCAGAAUCUGGCCAUCAUUCUGGGCGUCGUGUAAGUACUGCGAUGACAUUGGUAGGACACAGCACACUGACCGCCUCGAAGCAUCCCCUUGACAUGUGCCGCCGGAGUCUUGUUCUACCUCCACCGAAGACAUCUCAAGAAACAGAAGUUGGAAGACAUCAACGACCCGCACAAGUCUCUCGAUUUCGGCAUGGACGGCGUAGAACCGGUGUCCAAAGGAGGCAAGGGCAAGGGAAACAAGGUCCCGGAGAUGAGCUUCACCGACCUGGGCGGCGCAACAUCAUCGAGAAGAGGUCGUGGGCUGUCACUGGACGUGGGACUGGGCAACAACCCCUAUCUGCUCCCAGCUGGCUUGUCAGGUUCGAAGGACUCGCUGCACAGCAUGUCUCGCACCAUUGACGAGCAUGACCCGUACCGACCUGUCACCAUGAUGAGGGACCAAGACUCCGCCCGAUUUGGCCGCCAGAAUGAUGACAAGGGCUCCUUGUACUCCAUGUCGACGGGCCAUCACUCUACUAUGCACGAUCGCGCUGGACUCAUGAUCAACGCUCGCCCGAUGUCACAAUCGUAUGGCAAGCGUACCGACUCAUUCUCUCCCACAGACUCCGUAUCGUCGGACAAGUUCUCAUUAAGACAAACACGGAGCUCUCCGAACCAAAGCCUCGCAAGUCGGAAGGCUAGCGUCGAUCAGCAUCUCCCCGACAUCAUCGAGAAGGAAAUGUUCCCUUUGCCGCCGACUCCGCCCGAGCCAGUUGCAACGCAGAUGCCGCUGCCACCGAGGCUGGACUCGACAAGAGCAUCAUCUAACAGCGUGCCGCCACCGCCACCGAGGAAGGACUCGCUGUCAGGCCCGCGCAGACCUGAGUCGAGUAAUUACGGCGACGAUGAGCCUCCUGCGCCGACAAACCCAGGCGUCACCAUCAACGAGCCGGAGCCUUACGACAUUGAUCCUGCUGUCAUAUACACAAGGUACUCCAUGGACGAGCCAGCUACGCAGCCCAUGCCAGCUCUGCAUGCGCCGCAGCCCGUCCCUGCUGGGAGCAGAUUAUCUGUGCUUGGAGGCCCAGGCGGAAACCGCUUGUCGGUGAUGGGCAUGCGACCUCUACCUCCUGAUGUACCCGACGACAAUCCUGAAGUACGCGCCAACCGGAUUCGCUCGUUCUACAAGGAGUACUUCGACGAUAGCAAGCCAACGCCUGCGCAUGCGCAGUAUGAGGACGAUGGAUACGAUUGCGCGCUUGAGGGUGUCAUUUUCGAUCCCGACACUGGCGGCUUCUACGCACCUGGUGCAAGGCCAUUCGCGCAAGAUCCCGGACGGAGAGCAAUGACGCCUCCGCCUCGCGCAAGACCUCGUGUUAGUGGCAACUCAUCGAUCGCUGGACCUCACAUGCGGAAGUUCUCAACAUACUCGAUGGGUGGCCCUCGAGGUAGACCGCCGCCAAAGAAGAAUCUGCCGCCUCCGAUUCCGCUCGUUAGCUUGAAGACGCCUCAUCUGUUGAAGGAUGACUCGGCCAUCUUCAACGCUGCUGACUUUGCACCACCAAGCACUUUCCGUACCAUGCAGAACGGCAGCAGGCCAGACUCUCCAAUGGGCACUCCACGUCCCUACAGCCCAAGCGUGCGAGCUUUCACUCCCCUGGCGUCCUCCUUUGAGAACUUGUCCGUGCUGCCAUCGCCCCACGAUCUUCGCAAGUCCGGUACCUUCACUGCUCUGGACUUUGCACCGCCCUCCCGACUGAGGGAUCCAGCAGGCUCGCCAACGGACACUGGCAGUAUCCGCAGCAACCGCUCCGGCAUCUCUGCCAUGCAUCAAUCGGCCCUCCGGGACGGUGCUUACCGCGUCUCCAAGAUUCCAAAGGAGAUGGUGACGACCAAGGACGACCUGGCCAACAUGCUCAAGCCCAAGAUGAACUUGGUAUCCAAGGCGUAA